AUGGCCGCAAACGCAAUUCCCUCCCGCCUCAGAGCUCCUGCCAGUGAGGCUUCCCAGGGUGGCUUUGGAAAGCACCACGGAAAAUCCCAGUCGCACAUGGCCUUCGAGAAUGCCUCCACCAGCGUGGCCGCUUCCCAGAUGCGUAACGCCCUGAACGCCCUCUCCGAGACCGUCCCCGAUCCCCAGGAGAAGAAGCGUUUUGAGGCUGAGACGGACAACUUCUUUGCUCUCUUCCGUCGUUUCCUUAACGACAAGGCCAAGGGCAACGCCGUCAACUGGGACCGCAUCGCCCCGCCUCAACCCUCUCAGGUCGUCGACUACAACGAGUUGGGCAACGAGGCCUCAGUUGAGUUCCUCAACAAGCUGGCUGUUGUCAAGCUGAACGGUGGUCUGGGUACCUCGAUGGGUUGCGUUGGCCCCAAGUCGGUCAUUGAGGUCCGUGAGGGCAUGUCCUUCCUUGACCUGUCCGUGCGUCAGAUCGAGUACCUGAACCGCACCUACGAUGUCAACGUUCCUUUCGUUCUCAUGAACUCUUUCAACACCGACCAAGACACCCAGUCCAUCAUCAAAAAGUACCAGGGUCACAACGUCGACAUCAUCACCUUCAACCAGUCCCGCUACCCCCGUAUCGUCAAGGACUCGCUCCUGCCCGCUCCCAAGAGCUUCGAUGCUCCCCUGCAGGACUGGUACCCCCCUGGCCACGGUGAUGUCUUUGAGUCGCUCUACAACUCGGGCACGCUCGACAAGCUCCUUGAGCGUGGCGUCGAGUACAUCUUCCUGUCCAACGCGGACAACCUUGGUGCCGUCGUUGACCUCCGUAUCCUACAGCACAUGGCCGACACCGGUUCGGAAUACAUCAUGGAGUUGACCGACAAGACCAAGGCCGACGUCAAGGGUGGUACCAUCAUUGACUACGAGGGCAAGGCACGUCUCCUGGAAAUCGCCCAGGUCCCCAAGGAGCAUGUCAACGAGUUCAAGUCCAUCAAGAAGUUCAAGUACUUCAACACCAACAACAUUUGGAUGAACCUCCGUGCCAUCAAGCGCGUCGUCGAGGAGAACGAGCUCGAGAUGGAGAUCAUUGCCAACGAGAAGUCCAUCCCCGCCGACAAGAAGGGUGAGGCCGACCAGGCCAUCUACCAGCUCGAGACCGCCGUCGGUGCUGCCAUCCGCCACUUCAAGAACGCCCACGGUGUUAACGUGCCCCGUCGUCGCUUCUUGCCCGUCAAGACCUGCUCCGACCUCUUGCUCGUCAAGUCGGACCUCUACCGCCUCGAGCAUGGUCAGCUUCUCAUGGACCCCAACCGCUUUGGUGGUGUGCCCGUGAUCAAGCUUGGAUCCGACUUCAAGAAGGUCUCGGAUUUCCAGAAGCGUAUCCCCAGCAUUCCUCGCAUUGUUGAGCUGGACCACCUGACUAUCACCGGUGCCGUCAACCUGGGUCGUAACGUCACCUUGAAGGGUACUGUCAUCAUUGUGGCUUCGGAAAGCAGCACAAUAGACAUUCCUCCUGGCUCGGUUCUCGAGAACUGUGUUGUUCAGGGAAGCUUGAGGAUCCUGGAGCACUAA